AGUGAGAUCACCUCGCUGUCGUACGUUGGAAUCCCCCUUUGGCGUCUUCCUGCCCCCCUCCCUCCCUCCUUCCCUCCUCUUCCUCUCCCUUCCACAGUAUGCUCGCCUGCUCUAUAUGUGGCUCUGGUGCUGCUUUAGGAAUCCAGUCCAAAUGUUUUCCAUAUUAGUUCAGAGCCUUCUCUGUUUCCAAAUAGCAGCCGAGCGGGGCUUAUGGUGAGAGGAGGCCUUUGGCAAGGGAGGGGAAGGGAAGGGUUGAGCGAGGCAGACGGCAGACAAGAUCGUCCACCCAAAACACUGCAACACCAAAAAGUCGAGAGUGCAGAUAAGAGAGGGGAAAGUGAGGUAAAGUAAGGAGGAGAUAUGGGGCAGGGGCAGAAAGGUUCCUCAGACAAGAAGGAGGGCAAGAAGAGGAGAGAUGAGAGCCCGGCGCCAGAAGACGGCCAAAAAUGCAGAGUCUGUCGCUUCCCUCUGCUCGUCGCCCUGCUCCAGCUGCUGUUGGGGGUGGCCGUCACGGCCGUGGCCUUCCUCAUGUUGGCCAUCAGCCCCUCGCUCCUUGCCAGGGAGACGCCACACUGGGCUGGGAUCAUUCUGUGUUUAGUGUCCAUCCUGGGCUUCAUCCUGUACUUCAUCACCUACCUCCCCGAUGAGAGGACGUCUAUGCAGUUCAUUUGCAAGCUCCUGUACUUCAUCCUGUGUACGAUCGGCCUGGUCAUUUCGGUGCUGGUCAUGGCGUUCGCCUCGCACCACUACGCUCAGACCAGUAACUUCACAUGUGAGAAGAUGGGAGAGGACUGUGUGUGCAAACUGAACCUGGAGGAUCCAAUCGCCCGCACCUUCACCUACGAGGGAGUCGACGACUGUGAGGUGAUCACCGGGACACUGACGCUCUACUUCCUGCUCCAGAUCGUGCUGAACGUGGUCCAGGCGCUGGUCUGUGCCGUCGGCGCCUUCAUCAUGUGGAAGCACCGCUACCAGGUGUUCUUCGCCGGUCUUCAGAUUGGCUCUCCCUCCUAUAAGCAGUGGCAGAAGGUUUAAUGUGGUGAUGGGAUGGAGGGUGGACGCCAGCUGUCUGGACUAAAGUGUGUUUUUUUCUUUGAGUAUUCAGUUUAUAUUAACCUUUGGUGUCGGUUGUACCUUAAUGGCUUUUUGCACAAUUUUUCUAUAUUAUGUAUGUAACUUUGUACUUUCAAUGUCGUGAAUAGAAGAAGAGGAGAAAAA